AAUUUUUUUAAAAUGUGUAUAAGAAGACCAGUUGUUGUAAAAUUAAAUAAUGGUGUAGAAUAUAGAGGUAUUUUAGAAGUUGUAGAUGGUAAUAUGAACAUUGUCAUGGAACAAACUGAAGAAUAUCUUAACGGUCAAUUAAAAACUAAAUAUGGUGAUUGUUUUUUAAGAGGAAACAAUGGUAACUAU